AUGGUGCUGCAGGGCCUGCAAAUACCGCUGAAGGGCGACCCCAAGGAAGUUGAAGCUUUUCAUAACAAAAUCGGCCAAAUAAAGGAGGAGUUGAAGAUGCCCACCAAUGCUCAGCGCCUGCAACAGCUUAUGGAGUUCAACAUGGUGACAGCUGACUACGAUGUGAAAGCGUUUCUGGCGCUUAUGUCACACAGCAUGCCCGGGGAUGUUGUGACAGAAUGUGUGACUCUGGUGGACAACAUCGAGGAGGAAACGGGCGAGAUUCUGAGGUUUGGAGACAACCCCAAUUUCAAGAAGUUUAUCUCUCAGAUGCAGGGUGUCUUGGAGGCCUACGGGGUAGUGGGUGCUAAUGUGGAGCAGCUGGAGCUUGAAGCGGAGAAGGAGCUCUUGGAUGGACUUAGGGCUGAAGCCCAGGAAGAAAUGGAGACUGUGAAAGAGAACCAUGAUCUCAAGUUUCUGAAUGUCGAUGCUGGAAACUUGAAGCCAACAAUAGGGGGGUAG